AUGACAAGUAAGUUCAAAUGUCAACUUGGGCAGGGUGGCUUUGGAAAUGUCUAUAAAGGAUGGUUGACCAAUGGCACACCGGUGGCUGUAAAGCUUAUGGAAAAAUCAUAUAAUGAUGGGGAAGAAUUUUGUAAUGAAGUUGCCACCAUCGGUAUGAUUCACCAUGUCAGUGUGGUUCGCCUUCUUGGCUUUUGUGUCGAAGGGUCUCGAAGAGCACUUGUUUACGACUUCAUGGAAAAUGGUUCACUUGAGAAGUUUACUGACACCAUAGUUGCAGGCCAUUGCUUGUUGAGGGAAAGGCUAUACGAUAUAGCACUAGGCACUGCCAGGGGAAUUGAGUAUCUACACCAAGGCUGUGACCGAAGAAUCAUCCACUUUGACAUCAAGCCACAUAACAUUCUUCUAAACAGAAGAGUGUCUUUACACCAAAGAUUUCUGAUUUUUGGCCUAGCAAAAUCAUUUUGUAAGGAGAGAAGCAGUGUAACUAUUAUAGAAGGCAAAGGCACAAUCAGUUAUAUUGCUCCGGAAUUAUUUUAUGGGAAUUCCAAGCAUGUCUCACAUAAAACGGAUGUUUCAUAG